AUCAUCUGACAUUUCCGGUUACGAUUCCAAGCCAAACUGGCCUAACCAACAGAACUUCAUUGACUAUUAGAACGAUUUAGCCGCAUGCCGAAAGAAAAUGGCUUGUAAACAAGAUAAAGAUAAGCAAUGAUAAGAGCUACCAACAGGACAACACGACAACUGAGUUACUUGAAACUGGUUUAAAUUCAAAUAAACUGUCUUUGAUGGGGAAGCAGGCACAAUAAAGUUUCAAAGAUUUGUUAUAACGAAGACGCACUGGUGUUACACCGUUUUGAUUGAGAUUGUUUAUUUAAAAAGGCUUUCUUGCAGACACGUAAAGAGCAAAAGACCAAGUGAUCAAGCUUGCCCCACAUCAACAACUCAUGUCAAUGUCGGAAUCGAUCUGUAGGGCACAUUAUUUUUGUCGAAUAUGAAGGAUGUAAUAUAAGCGUGUAGAGUGAACUUGGUUUUGGUGUGAGAGAUUUGGAAAAAUGAAUCGUUUUCUUCAACUCUCAUUGCUUUGCGUUAUAAGGAUGGCAACAGCAUUACCAUCCUCCCAAUACAGCCGAAGCAUUCUGUAUGACAGAGAACUGAAAAUAGCCAGAGAGUUUUUGCAUGAAUUCAACAAAAAGGCCACAGACUUAACUACUGCUAGUUCAGAGGCAAACUGGAUAUACGAAACCAAUCUAACAAGCACAAACCUAGAAAGAACAGUCGUCCUGUCAGAUCUAGUGAACGAAUUUUUCCUAGAAGCUAGCGAGAACGUAACGAAAAUUAAGAUACUCGACUUACCAAGCGAACUGCAACGAGAAAUUAGCAUCAUAAGGCGAAACGCCGAUUCGGCAUCUCAGGAUCUUCGUAAAGAAGUGCGAGAGAUCGAAGGCAAAAUGACCAGUAUUUUUGGCAAAGCUAAAGUGCGGAGGAAAUCAAAAAAGAAGGGAGUGAAACUUUUGUCCUUGGAACCUGAUUUAGCGAAGAUAAUGAGGAAAUCUAGGGACGUUAACGAGCUGUUGUCUGCAUGGAGGGGCUGGAGAAAUGCAGUAGGCCCACAAAUGAAACAAUUGUACGAACGUAUGAUCGAUUUACUAAACAUUGGUGCCCGAGAGCAUGGGUGGAUAGAUUAUGGAGACUUUUUGCGUUCGGAAUACGAACAAGGGGAUGAUUUUGAAAUUAACUUACGGCGUGUUUGGGAAAGUAUCAGGCCACUCUACGAAGAAUUGCAUGCCUAUGUGAGGUAUAGGCUGCAAAAUUUUUACAACACAAAGCUAAACAUAAGUGCCAUUGGUGCAAUCCCGGCUCAUAUCCUCGGAGAUAUGUACGCCCAAAAUUGGGAGAACAUAUUUGACAUUGUGAAACCGUUUUCUAAUACGGAUAAUUUUGACAUUACACAGGCCAUGAAAAGGCAAAAUUACACAACGGAAAAGAUUUUCCAACUGGCAGAGUCCUUUUUUACUUCUAUCGGACUGUACAAGAUGCCGGAAAGUUUUUGGAAAAAGUCUGUGUUAAAGAAAUUGAAAGACAGGGAAAUGGUUUGCCACCCAUCUGCAUGGGAUUUUUCAAAGGGGGAUGUAAGGAUCAAGAUGUGCACAGAAGUGAACCAAAAUAAUCUCAUAACAGUUCACCAUGAAAUGGGUCAUGUUCAAUACUUCCUAGCAUAUCAGAAACAACCGUAUGUCUUUAGAAAUGGUGCAAAUCCUGGAUUUCACGAGGCAAUUGGCGAUACAAUAUCGCUGUCAGUUGAGACUCCGAAUUAUUUGAAGCAGAUUGGAUUACUCGAUCAACCCCAAAUCAACGAUGAGGAGAGUUCGAUCAGCUUCUUGCUCCGCCAAGCACUACGACGCGUCGCUCCUAUCCCGUACAACUAUCUUGUUGACAAAUGGCGAUGGAGAGUUUUUGCUGGCAACAUCACCGAAAACAACUACAACUCAGAAUGGUGGAAGCUGCGAACCAAGUACCAGGGUGUUUACCCACCAACAAGAAGAAGAGAAGGCGAUUUCGAUCCUGCUUCUAAAUAUCACAUUGGUGCUAACGUCCCAUACAUUGCCUAUUUUGUAAGCUACGUGCUUCAGUUCCAGCUCCAUCGAGCUCUUUGCAAAGAAGCUGGCAUCAAAGAACCCUUACAUCGUUGCUCUAUUUACAAUUCGAAGGAGGCUGGAGCCAAAUUCAGAACUAUGUUGGAGGCAGGAAGAAGCAAACCAUGGCCCAAAGUGCUUAAAGCAAUCACAGGGGAGCGAGAGCUUUCUGCAGACGCGAUAAAUAGCUACUUUGAGCCCUUAUACCACUGGCUAAUGAACUAUAGAAAAAGGCAUGGAUAUGCAGUCGGUUGGUCAGUGGACGAUCUUAGUUCCAAGGUCUUGCACCGAAAGGCCGGGAAAUUUGAGUCUGGACAAGGAAGGUCCGGAAUAUUGAAAACAAACAACAAAGGCAUGUCUCUAUCUAUAAAUAUACCGUCAUCGUUGACUGGCGGGAAAUCGAGUGCAACGACAAAGAAUAAUGAAGUUGAGCAGAAAGGAGAAGAUGACAAAAUUACGAUACCGCUCGUUGAUCUAGCAAAACUUUUGUCAUCCGGAGACCAUUUUUCGAUGUCCACGUCAGAGACCAAUGCAAAUGCCAAAGAUGGAUCCACCUCUAUCACUAAUAAGGAAUUCAGUCUUAACAAUGACGAUGAAGGUGGCCAAAAGCAAAAGGAAAAUAAAACUGAGAGGGCAGAGUCCAACUCUUCUGGAAUAUCUGAUCGAAAUUCAACUAGCAAUGUGACUCAGACUGAUGCAGAUAAAAAUUCAAACAUGACGUCAACAGACGAGAAGCCUGGAAACGAAACCUCAAUAAAACCUGGAAACGAGGCAACAAUGAAGCCUGGAAACGAGACACUAGAGAAGCCUGGAAAUGAGACAGCAAGAAAUGAAACAACGACAAUUUUGGAAAAGAACAACUCUGUAAACGAAACAAACGGAGAUAAGUUGACAAACAAUUCUAGUGUCUUAAAUGAUGGCUUGAACAGUAGCACGACAAACUCCCAGAACGUGACGUUAGAGAAAAAUGACAGCGGUCUAGCUAAACCUAUCAAUCAAACAUUAGCAUGGCAAGGAGAGGCCGUAGCAAAUUCAACUAAUGCCGCACUUGCAAAUUUCACAAAUAUAGGUAAAGAGGAAAACGUUACAGCACACGCGGAGAAUGGUACCACACGGCAAAAUUCGCCCUGCAUGGGCAGCAAGAGGAGUCCGUUGUCAGAAAACGAACUAAACGAUUGCAGUGGCAAGACGAUGGAUACAAUAUCUGUGACACCAGGAGAGCUUAUUCAGCAUGUACUUAUGAAAAAGGUGAAGCAUUUGGUGCAUAAAACGCUGCCACAAGCGAAUGUAGAGAAGACAAAUACAGGUUUUACUGUGAACUUUGAUCUGAAUCCAAAGGACGAAAUACCAUCGCGAACGCAAACAGUAACCGGGAAAACACGACAACAGCACGUGAAUGUGUUCAUAGCUCCUAAGGGGGUUGUUGUGAAACCGAAAGCCUCAGAACAGCUGAUGAAGCCUUCGUUUGUACCGGUUCAAAAUAAAGAUAACCUAGAGUUAAGAGGAGGAAGAUAAAACAGGCCAAUCAGUAAAUAUGCACAUUUGCAGGAUUUCGAUCACCGCGAAGAGCAUAAUUUUCAUAAGUUGAAAGAGCAUCUUUAUUUAACAGUUCGUAAAUUUCGAAAGAAUUUAGUAUUGUCUGAGAAUUUGGAGUUCCCUCCAAUUGAAGUAAAAAGGUGAAAACACCCCCGUUAUAUAACAGAAAUGAUGGUAAUUUUCAGGCUUACAUAAGAGAACAGUUUAUCACUUCAUUCCCGUUGAUAAUAUCAAAAUCACGACUACUUAACUCGCGAAAGUUUGGUUCAAAAUUUAAUAGAUAGUAUAUUUUGCAAGCUGGAAUUAUGAGAAAAAGAGUUCAAAUAACUAGAUAAGAAAAUCUAGCAGUAAAAGCAUUGUUCCAAAGAAACGGUAAAGUUGAACCAGAUCAAGACGAGAAUGUAACUUUCCCAAGAUACGCUGGUUUUCCCUUUCAUUUGGAUAAUUCUCAAAUUAAUUACGGAACUAUGUUACUGCUAUGAAGGAUGUUAAAAAUUUGGUGUGGCCUUCUGUACCUCUCAUUUCUCCUCUUUUGAGAACAUAAACAUUAUAGAUUACAAUCACAAAAUGAGAAGACCCUAUUUCCUUCAAAACAUCUUCAUCCACAAAAUGAUCAUCUAUAUACAGAGGUGGCGCCAGAAAUCUUCCGACAGAGGGGUUGGAGCUUCCGACAGGGGGGCUAAAACGACUUGAAUAAGCAGUUUUCGUAUGUUAUUUUGUCAAAUUUUCUCCGACAAUUACCUAAAAUUUCCUCCGAUGGGGGGGGGCUAAAUGCUUCCGACGAAGGGGCUGUAGCCCCCCUAGCUCUCCCCUGGCGCCACCACUGCCUAUAUACAUUUAUAUGAUGUUAAAUAUCAUUAUCGUUGCCAUCAGGCACAACUUCCAUUCUUAAGCAUGAUCGGAACAGGCUGUACCAUUUACCCAAUAAACAAAUAUGUGCGGAGUAGUUUGAAAUAAGGAAUAUUUCAUGUCAAUUCAACAGUUUGCAAUGUUGAAAAAGCUGAUCAGAUAAAUAUUGAAGAACUCUACAAAUUUAGAGAAAAUUUAGAACUAUCUUCAAAAGAUAGACUUGCUGUUUUGAAUAAUAAAUAAUUAAUCAUCUAAGAAGUCACUAUUUGUGAAUUUCUUU